AUGUCCCCAGCGCUGGGACUGCUGCUGGGGCUGAGCCUGGCGAGUGCCCUUCGGCCCGGCCUCGAGCCCCCCCAGUAUGACCCCACCGAGAAAGGGGCCGCCCUCUUCGCCAGCGCCUACAACAGCACGGCCGAGCUCGUCCUCUUCGACAGCGUCUCAGCCAGCUGGGAUUACUACACCAACCUGACAGCCGAAAACGCUGCUCUGCAGGUCGAGGCAUCGCUGGAGGAGCAAAACUUCACGGAGCUGUGGGGGAAGAAAGCCAAGGAGCUCUAUGGCAGCAUCUGGAGUAACUUCAGUGAUCUGCAGCUGAGGAAAAUCAUUGGCUCCAUCCAGACCCUGGGACCCUCCAACCUGCCCCUGGAGAAGAGAGAACAGUACAACACCAUCCUGAGCAACAUGGACAAAAUCUACUCCACGGCCAAGGUGUGCCUGGCCAAUGGUACCUGCUGGGAGCUGGAGCCAGACCUCUCGGACAUCAUGGCCACCUCCCGCAGCUACAAGAAGCUGCUCUAUGCUUGGGAGGGGUGGCACAAUGCUGCAGGCAACCCACUGCGUGCCAAGUACGAGGAGUUCGUGAAGCUGAGCAACGAGGCCUAUCAGAUGGAUGGAUUUGAGGACACAGGCAGCUACUGGCGCUCCUGGUAUGACUCAGCCUCCUUCGAGGAUGACCUGGAGCAUCUCUACAACCAGCUGGACCAUGCCUUCGUCCGGAGGAAGCUGUACGACCGCUAUGGCCCCAAAUACAUCAACCUGAAGGGUCCCAUCCCUGCUCACCUCCUGGGCAACAUGUGGGCUCAGCAGUGGAACAACAUCUAUGACCUUAUGGUCCCCUACCCCGAGAAGCCCAACCUUGAUGUCACGAGCACCAUGGUGCAGCAGGGCUGGAAUGCCACCCACAUGUUCCGGGUCUCAGAGGAGUUCUUCACCUCCCUGGGGUUGCUGGAGAUGCCCCCUGAAUUUUGGGAGAAGUCCAUGCUGGAGAAGCCAACAGACGGGCGGGAGGUGGUGUGUCAUGCCUCGGCCUGGGACUUCUACAACCGCAAGGACUUCAGGAUCAAGCAGUGCACGACGGUAACCAUGGAGCAGCUGUUCACGGUGCACCAUGAGAUGGGUCACGUUCAGUACUACCUGCAGUACAAGGACCAGCCUGUCUCCUUCCGCAGAGGGGCCAACCCUGGCUUCCAUGAGGCCAUUGGCGAUGUCUUGUCCCUGUCUGUCUCCACCCCCAGCCACCUCAAGAAAAUCGGUCUCCUCAACAGUGCCACCGAGGAUGCAGAGAGCAACAUCAAUUAUCUGCUGAAGAUGGCCUUGGAGAAGAUUGCCUUCCUGCCCUUUGGCUACCUCAUUGACCAGUGGCGCUGGAAUGUGUUCAAUGGCCGCACGCCCCCAAACCGUUACAACUACGACUGGUGGUAUCUGAGAACCAAAUACCAGGGUAUCUGUGCUCCGGUUUCGAGGAAUGAAAGCAAUUUUGACCCUGGAGCAAAGUACCACAUCCCUGGGAACACCCCUUACAUCAGGUACUUUGUGAGCUUCAUCCUUCAGUUCCAGUUUCACAAGGCACUGUGCCAGGCGGCCAACCACAGUGGUCCCCUGCAUACCUGUGACAUCUACAUGUCCAAAGAAGCUGGAGCCAAACUCAGGGAAGUGUUGAAAGCUGGGUCUUCCAAGUCAUGGCAGGAAAUCCUGUUCAGCCUCACUGGCACGGAUAAGAUGGAUGCUGGGGCCCUCCUGGAGUACUUCAGCCCUGUCACCAAGUGGCUUCAGGAGCAGAACAACAAGACCAAUGAGGUGCUGGGCUGGCCUGAGUUUGACUGGCGCCCCCCUAUCCCUGAAGGCUACCCUGAAGGCAUUGACAAAAUAGCAGAUGAAGCACAAGCUAAAGAGUUCUUGUCCGAGUACAACAGCACGGCUGAGGCAGUGUGGAACGCCUACACUGAGGCAUCCUGGGCCUACAACACCAACAUCACUGACCACAACAAGGAGAUCAUGCUGGAGAAGAACUUGGCCAUGUCCAAGCACACCCUUGAGUAUGGCAUGAGGGCCAGGCAGUUCGACCCCUCCGACUUCCAGGACCAAAGUGUCACGCGCAUCCUCAAGAAGCUGAGUGUCAUUGAGAGGGCAGCCCUGCCUGAGAAUGAGCUGAAGGAGUACAACACCCUCCUCUCAGAUAUGGAAACCACAUACAGCGUAGCCAAGGUCUGCAGAGAGAACAAUACCUGUCACCCCUUGGAUCCUGACCUCACAGACAUCAUGGCCACUUCACGGGACUAUGAUGAGCUCCUCUUUGCCUGGAAGGGCUGGCGGGAUGCUUCUGGGAAGAAGAUCAAGAACAACUACAAGCGAUACGUGGAACUGAGCAACAAGGCAGCCAUGCUCAAUGGCUACACGGACAACGGGGCCUACUGGAGAUCCUUGUAUGAGACACCCACCUUCGAGGAAGAUCUGGAGAGGUUGUACCUGCAGCUACAGCCCCUGUACCUCAACCUGCAUGCCUACGUACGCCGAGCCCUAUACAAAAAGUAUGGUGCAGAGCGCAUAAACCUGAAGGGUCCCAUUCCCGCUCAGCUGCUAGGCAACAUGUGGGCCCAGUCAUGGUCCAACAUUUUCGACCUGGUGAUACCUUUCCCGGAUGCCACCAAGGUGGAUGCCACCCCAGCCAUGAAACAACAGGGCUGGACACCCAAGAAGAUGUUUGAAGAGUCAGACCGUUUCUUUACCUCUCUGGGCCUCAUCCCCAUGCCGCAAGAGUUCUGGGACAAGUCCAUGAUCGAGAAGCCGGCAGAUGGGCGGGAGGUGGUGUGUCACGCCUCAGCCUGGGACUUCUACAACCGCAAGGACUUCAGGAUCAAGCAAUGCACCGUGGUGAACAUGGACGACCUAAUCACGGUGCACCAUGAGAUGGGCCACGUCCAGUACUUCCUGCAGUACAUGGACCAGCCCAUCUCAUUCCGCGAUGGGGCCAAUCCUGGCUUCCACGAGGCUGUCGGCGACGUCAUGGCCUUGUCCGUCUCCACCCCCAAACACCUUCACAGCAUCAAUCUGCUGGACCAAGUCACAGACAACAAAGAAAGUGAUAUUAACUACCUGAUGAGCAUCGCCCUGGACAAAAUCGCCUUCCUGCCCUUCGGGUACCUCAUGGACCAGUGGCGCUGGAAGGUGUUUGAUGGGCGGAUCAAGGAGGAUGAGUACAACCAGCAGUGGUGGAAUCUCAGGAUGAAGUACCAGGGCUUGUGCCCACCAGCACCAAGGUCUGAAGAUGACUUUGACCCUGGGGCAAAGUUUCACAUCCCUGCCAAUGUCCCCUACAUUAGGUACUUUGUCAGCUUUGUGAUCCAGUUCCAGUUCCACCAGGCACUCUGUGCAGCAGCUGGGCACACGGGUCCCCUGCACACGUGUGACAUCUACCAGUCCAAGGAAGCUGGGAAGAUUUUGGGGGAGGCCCUGAAGCUGGGUUUCAGCAAGCCGUGGCCCGAAGCCAUGGCGCUCAUCACGGGGCAGCCCAACAUGUCAGCUGAUGCCCUGAUGAGCUACUUUGAGCCGCUUAUGACGUGGCUGGUGAAGGAGAACGAGAAGAAUGGGGAGGUCCUGGGCUGGCCUGAGUACAGCUGGACUCCUUACACAGCCACUCCAGCCCAAGCCAGCCCCAGCCGGACCGAUUUCCUGGGCAUGUCCCUAGCUGGCAAUCAAGUCACAGCAGGCAGCUGGGUUCUGCUUGCCCUGGCACUCAUCUUCCUGAUCACCACCAUCUUCUUGGGCAUCAAGUUCUUCUUAGCCAGGAAAAAGGCCUUCAAAUCCAGCUCAGAAAUGGAACUGAAAUAAGGCAGCCAUCAGCAGGGGAAGCAUGGACAGGGUGCAAGCAUGGGCAUUUGGGCAGGCUGGCAGCGUUGCCAUGGGCAUAUUUGCCAAUGAAGCCAUGGGUUUCCACAGCCCAGGACUCCUCUCUCCAAUCAGGUCAGGCAUUUUUUUCCACUAUGCAAGAGCCAAAGCAGAAAAGAGCUAUUUAUUUGUCAACGUCUGCAUCAGGGGAAGAGAAAUUCAGGCACCGGUAGGCACAGAGCCAUCAUGGGCUGCCCGUGCACCCAGGGCUGGGAGCUGGUCCAGCCUGGGCACCCACCAGCCAUCUCCAACCUGUGGGCAAAGACACAGGGACUUCAAGUGAUAGAGGGCAGUUUGGGGAGGGACGGAGCAUGUUCCCACCCCUGGUUUGCCCACUGCUAGGCUGUUGACUUGCAUGGAUGAAAAAUAAACCUAUGUCUUGUCACCCCCAGAGCA